UUUAAUACCUAUCCAAGUGCAGCACUUUUUGUAAGUGAAUAGGUGUAAUAUUUUUUUGACAUUCAGAAAAGAAAAUUAAAGGUUUCCUCGCUUCAAAUCAUUCUAAGGGGUAAGACGAAACAAAUUUGUACAUAUAUAGUAGUCAAGAUGGUGGUGACACGGAAAUAUGUAGUCAAGAAAUACUUCCAAGGAGUGCCCAAACUAAGCGACUAUGAGGUCGUAGAAGAAGAGCUUCCUCCUCUAAAAGAUGGCGAGAUUCUCGUCAAAGCAGAAUGGAUUAGUGUCGAUCCGUACCUCUGGAUUAACAAUUCAAAUCGCCAACUGCCAUAUGACCAGUUCAGCUUUCAAGUGGGCGUUGUUAAAGAAUCUAAAGACCCGAAGUAUCCUGUCGGCUCUAGAGUGGUCACACAUAGAGGAUGGUGUACAUACAGCAUCAUAAACAUGAGCAUUAUUCCUACAGGUAGAUCAGAUAAACAAUAUGCUCUUCCAGACUUAAAAGGAUUGCCGCUGUCAUUAGCUGUGGGGGCAAUCGGCAUGCCAGGAGUCUCAGCCUAUCUAGCCUUCAUGGAAAUAGGAAAACCUAAACCCGGAGAUACAGUCGUUGUAUCCGGGGCAGCAGGAGCUAUUGGAACUAUAGUAGGGCAACUAGCCAAAAUUAAGGGCUGUAGAGUGAUCGGGUUUGCCGGAACUGAUCGAAAAGUAGCAUGGCUAGAGAAAGAGCUAGGGUUUGACAAGGCGUACAAUUAUAAGACUACCGAUAUUGCUAAAGUCCUUUCGGAAGCAGCGCCUGGAGGCGUUGAUAUAUAUUACGACAACGUUGGUGGAGAAUUAAGUAGUACUGUCAUGUACCAGAUGAACAACGGUGGACGGGUUGUGAUUGUUGGAAGUAUUAGCUCUUAUUCUAGUUUGAAGCUUGAUGAACUACCGAAAGUUACGGUAUUGCAACCAGCUAUUGUGUUCAAAUCAUUAAAAGUAGAAGGAUUUAUUGUCUGGGACUGGUUCUCGCGUUGGCAUGAGGCAUUUGAGGAUAUAAUUAAGCUAAUAAAAAGCGGACAGUUGAAGGCUCCAGAACACGUAACUGAAGGAUUCGAUAAUCUGUUUGAUGCAUUCAUUGGAAUGCUGCACGGCGAAAACUUUGGAAAAGCCGUAGUUAAAGUUUAAGUUUUUAGAUUUUAGUGAAAAUAUAUUUAGAUUGUAAGAUUAACAUUAUUGUGUAUUCUGUAAUUAUGACUAAUUUAUUCAAUAAAGCCUAGAGUACAUAAGUAGA